GUGUGUCCGCAAAUCUGGAAAACGUGAUGUUUUCUCUGUACGCCGCCGAAAAAAAUCGUUCGCUAAUUUUGGUCGUCGUUAACGCGUGCACCCCUUAAGACGGUAUGCGAGGCGAGGGGGCUCGGUCGGCCGCGGCGGUGUGAAAUUUAUUUUGCUUCGCGUUCGUGACCCGGACGCAGGACCGGAUCUGCCGCUACCGCGGGUGCAAUGUGGCACGUGUCGUUUUCCGCGAUCUUCGAAUCCGCCGACGAUGCUAUCCGCGCGUCGUUCAUUAAGACGGAAAUGUCGCACGUGAGAGUCGAGUGCUCUUGUGUACUUUAAGCGGCGUCGCCGAUAUAUAAAAGUGUGGAACGAGACCGCCUCCGUGAGCGGGAAAGGCAGGCGCGAGCCCAGAUGUCGUCACAAGUGGCCGAGCAAGAAAGUCCGGGCGUUUCCGGAAAUUUCCUAUUCAAGGAACCGAUUCGGGUCAGUCCAUCCACUCGUGACCCAGUCACCCAGCAGAUUCAGAGCAAGCUUGGUGAUUUUCAGCGCCUGCGACAUUUAAUAGACCAAAAGGACUCGUCGGGUCUGAUAGGGGUGGAUGGCGUACCUCCCAGUCCCGGUGGUCCCCCGACCCGCCAUCACACAGCUCACCAAUCGGCAACGUCACCAUCAGGUGGUUCAAACAACAGACAUCAAACCUCUCCCGAUUCCCGGUUGGAAUUCAAAAAGCCGAACCACCACCCACCGCAUCAUCCACCGGGCGGACAGCAGAGAGGGGGUUACGUGAAGCCAGCAGAGGGGAAACCGCCCUAUGGCGGCAGAGGCGGCUACCCUGGUCAGCCCGUCAAACAUGGCAGCAGUACGGCAGCAACGAGUCACAGGUCCAACGGCGGCAUAAUGACCGCCAAGGGCCCACCUCCGGCACCGUUGCAUCACACCCAGGCGGCCUCGAUCACAUCUUCUUCGUCGUCGAUAAGACACGGAGUCGACAAGGGUUCUCGGGGUUACGACCAGAAUCAAGGUAACGCUGUCGGCGAAAGGGAUUCUUUACCCUCCGCAACCCCCGUGGCCGACGUCGACAAUAUUUUCAAGGAGAUGAUCGUCCCCACGGCUCCGCUGACGGCGAUCGCGGCGACACCCAGGAUAGAAUUGGAUAGUAAAUAUCAAUACAACCCGGUGCUCGCGAAGUUGCCAGAGCCGACAAGCCAGCAGCCGCCUCCGACGACGACAAGAAAACGAGAACGUCUGGAGUUUAAUAGGACCUCAAUAUCGUCAGCGGAUAUAAGGGAUGACCUCAACCUAUCGGAAGAAAGUGAGGAUGAUCAAAAAAAGGAUCAUAUGUUGUCGUCGUCAAAUAUAACCGUGGAAAAGAUGCUGUCGCCCAUAUGCAGCACUCCCGCCAUACACACGUCGAAGAUGCCAACCGACCAUAGACAACCAACGCCGAACGUCGAGCCGAGAGUGCCGUCUAUUGUACACGCGUCACCAAUCGCCAGCUCUAGCAGCGACUCUUGCACGGACUCGGGUACGGAUAGCGAGUCCAGUAGCGAAGACUCGGUCGAGGACCAGCAGGUGACGUCCGCGGAGGUCCAAGGCAAGCCCGCGCCGUCUGUCGUCAAACCUCACGAAACGCAUCCGACCUCUCCGAAGCCGGAGGAGGAGAGCAAGUUGAGGUGGAACCUUGCAUCUUUCGUUAACAGUCAAAACGACAUACACCGUUCUCAGACCUCGCCCAUGACCUCCCCGCUUAAGUCGCAGUCGGUACGCAGAGCGAGUCCGGACAGCCUGAAGAGGGCGACCGAAGAAUCGGACGUCAGCGACUCGCUGGACCAGAUCGUGGCCGAGGCGCAGGAGUUUACGCAGCUUCGGCUGAUAUCGAGCCUUUCCGAUUCGGAGGACAGUGGCAACAAGGCGCCCGUCCGAAAGAAGCGCAAACGGCCGCGCCAGCCGGCAGUUACCAGUAGGACCGUUAGUGAUAGUGAUAGUGAAUUCGAGAACGAGAGGACGAGUAACGGUAAAAUACCGAGGCCGGUGGUCAGACCCAGUCCCAGGACUAAGUCUUUAGACUCGUUGAGUGAUUCGGACUCGGAAUUGAGGUUCGUUAAGACGCCCGUCGUCAGUGCCAAAUCGUCCUCGUCGCCGGUACUGCCAGUCGCGGAGCCGCCGGCGAAGCCCAAGAGCCGGGGGAGGCCGAGAAAAAUCAAGAAUUUCGGCUCCGACGUAGAAGUUACCACGAAGAGGCAGCGGGGUCGGCCCAGACUGCACUCGGACGAUACCAGGAAAACCGCGAGAAGGGGACGACCUCCUAAAAUCCGACAAGCUCUACCCAGCAGUUCGGAGGACGAGGAAUAUGAGAAGAAACUGGCGCCCCCGCGCCGCAGGACUAAAUCCAAAAAGGAAUCUUCCAGUAGUUGUGAUUCGGAUAGCCGGUCGCCGGUCAGAUCGCUCGUUUAUCGACCAGAGUCUGAUCGGGAUUCGAAUCGAUUCGAAUCGCCCAAGAAGAAACAAAAAUCUCCCAGAACUGAAGAAAAGAAAAGAAACAAAAACGAUUCUGACGACGAGUGGGGUGAAAAGAACAAAGCCAAGGUCAAAUCAUUAUUUCGCGACGGAAAGCAUUCCGAUAGAAGCGAAUCCGAAAACCGUCGAAGGCCAGAGAAGAGAAGUUCGCCAUUUAGAAGAAAGAGUGCCAAAGCAGCCGGAGAGUACAAGAGCGCAGCUACCGUUCCCACUUCGGAUUCCAGUGAUAGUGAUCAUGAUAGUUCCAGGAACACGAGGCAAAGGAACUCGAGUGUCGCCUCCUAUUCUAAUUACGACACGCAAGUUCAUCAAAUUAGUGAUUCCGACAGUGAUAUUAAUACUAACACAAAGACACCGGUGAAGUUGGAUGUUCCGGUCAAGGUGGACGAAAAUAAAUCCAUAGCGGAUAAAAAGAAAAGCGACACUUUGAGGAAACUUUUUACACCGAAACGGGACUCCGAAGGGGGCAAAGGCGGCGGCAAAGGUGGAGCGAAAGGCGGCAAAGGCGGAAAAGGCAAAGGUGGGGUAAAUGUGAUAAUAGUCGACGGCGACUACGAAAGGAGUAGCUCAUCAGUCGAAGAAGAAGCCAUGCCGGUGAUAUCGAAUCCUACUCUCUUAUCCCCGUUUUCGGCCGGCGAAGUGAAAGUAUCGAGCAACCAAAUGCCGCUCUGCAGGCCAUCCUCGCCCGGGUUUGUCGCGGACCCGAUCAAACCCGUAAAGACUGAACACUGCUUAAAAAGCAACAUAUUCAAAGAAAACUCUUCCGUCAUGGUCCAAAUCGAUUGGGCGAAAAUAAACUUGGAUGAUAUUCCUGUCCUAAGGAAGCACCUGGAACGCAUCAGACCAAGUCUACUUAAAUCAAAAGAGGAUCAAACUAAACUUAAGACUGAAAUGCCGGACGCGAAAAGUGAUUGCGAAGUCGAGCCUGAACGGGCGGCAGCAGCAAAGGAUAUCGAUAGUAAAAACUCGUCUCACCAAGAUCAAAGACACAGGCAUAAAAGGAGGAAGCGUCGAAAUAGCAAUAGUUCAAUAUCGUCGAUGUCGACGGUAAGCAAUAUAUCUCAGAACAGUAGAUUAGAUCGUCAGAAUAAAGAAAAGAGUCCCAUGGUAAAGAAACGGAAGACGGAAAACGAAUACGACGAAAGAUCUCAGCUAGUGGAAAAUCUCAAUUCGAUAAACACCCCGCCUACCAAUCACGAGCGGGACAAAGUGAAAAGCCUCUCGCGCGAACCAUCACCAGUGGCCUCUAGUAGCAGAUCUCAGUUAAACGUCACUAGGGAAUACCAUUCGUACUUCGAACACUUCGACGAGCCUUCCGAAUACGAUGAGCGGGAUCAGAAUCAGUACCUGAGCGAUGCGAAACGGCUAAAACACAUGGCCGACAAGGAAACCGACGCCAUUAACCAGUGCAUGCUUUAUUUAGAAGCGGUUUUAUUUUUCCUGUUAACGGGCAACGCCAUGGAACAAGAAACCGUGACGGAAAAGUCGGCCUUUACGAUGUACAAAGACACUCUAGCGUUGAUAAAAUUCAUUUCGUCCAAGUUCGGAAACCAGCAAGCUGUAUCGAGCAUACACAGUAAACUUGCAGUUUUAAGCUACCGUUGCCAAGCGCUGCUCUACUACAAACUUUUUAAAAUGCGGAAACAAGAAGCCAGAGAACUUCAGAAAGUAAUAAGCGAGUAUUGUAGUAAGAACUCCGCGAUCCCACAGGAACAUCAACAGGGACAAAAUACACCCUCGCCAUUGUCCCCGACCCCUUCCCCCGCGGGUUCGGUUGGCUCGGUGGGCAGCCAAUCGUCGGGCUACAGUAGCGGCGAACUGGCGGUGGCGGCACGAGGAGGAGGUGGCAGUGGGGCCGCUGCCGCCCCGGCGCCCCCCGCUCAUGCUCAGAAUUCUGCGGGCACGUGGAUCCCUUUGUCGGUAUACAGCGCUAUGAGUAAACAGAAUCAGCAAUUCACUUACUUAUUGAGCUAUCAAGAUUUGUGGGACACUGCGGAUAUAUUGGUGGUCAAAGGGAAACAUACUGAGUUUUUUAUCGAGCUGGAUAGACAUUGCAAACCCUUGACGAUGCACAGUUCUCUAAUAGAUUUAGUAAGGUAUGUUAGGGAAGGCAUAAGGCGACUCAAGAGGGAGGCAAAAGAGAAGCAGCAUCCAUCGAACUGUAAAUAAAGACAUUGCUAGAAAAUAAAAGAUGCCAAAGAAAGCACUAAGUCAAUUUACAGUCAAUGGGUACACAGUUGUAAAUUUGACCGAAUUUAGAAGUAAUUUUAUAUACAUGAGAGAAACUUAAAUUUUACUUAUACCUAGCAAUAGGUAGGUCCGUUUAAUUGGCGACUCAUUUAUGCCGCAGUCGAAUCGUGUCAAUUUUGGGAUCACCAUUUCGUAAUCAUCUAGCGUUUUCAUUUAAAACGGUCGUUGUAAAGUUACGUUUGACACGAUAUUUUUAAAAUUUAUUAUUUUCGAAAAUAGGUGUUCGCAAUUGAACAAUCAUCGGAAAAAUAAAUGCCUUCCGAUCAAAAACAAAUAUCUAAUGCUCUCCGAGUCUCCCCAAAGUGGCCCAAGAUGUCAAUAUUCAUUGGCGCAAUACGCCAUAUUAAUGUCACGUCAGCUGUAGAACUUUGAGAUGCAAACAAACAGAUUUGCCACAUAAGUUUAUACUGACUGUGAGUUCAGCUUUUGUGUGAAAUUUAUGGUAGUUAUUAUGAAUUCGAAAUGCUACCACAAUCAUUUUCAUUUUUGAUACCUACAAAAUAGUAACCAAUAAAUAAUCACGAAUGCCGUUAAAUAGUUGCUAAUAAAUAAAAAAUGCAUAAAAACUGAAACCCUGAUAGAAACUUAUAUAGCAAAUUGAUUUGUUUGGGUCUCAGUUUCCAACCAAAAUGGCCGAUGCCACUUCGUCACUAAUAGAGCAUAAUGGAGACUAGAUUCUUUAAGAAGAUUAAAGCUCGGUUGAAUGAUUUUGUAGUUAUUUAACUUAAAUAGUUAAUAUCAUUUCCGGUGGUUGGUCCGAUUGCUAAAGUAGUUGUGUGAUUUCCAACUUGAUUGAUGAAUAAUUAAAAUUAUGGUGGACAAACAAAAUACCAAGAGUACGAAUUCGGCUGUGGGGCGGUGGUAACGCGACCAUUCUUAAGUAAAAGGUCCCCUCAUUUUUUAAAAAAUAUGUAUUUGUUAAAUGACUUAUAGGGUGCAGUACUGUAAUAUUUUUACAAUUACUAGUAAAUUCCACAUUUAUAUAUAUAUAUAUAUAUAUAUUGUAUAUUUUUUGUAAAUAUGGCUACGCUAAUAUAUAGAUAUAUAUAUACAUACACAGUGUCCUUCGGAAAGUUUGCACAACAUGAGAAACAUUUUUAUUAUUUUUGAAUUUUAACUUUGGCUUCAAAAACAUAACAAAUAGUACUUUAAAGAGUCGUUUAUAAAGUUUUUGUAUUGCAAUUUUUUUUUUGGUUCUAGCUUUUAUAUAAAAAAUAAUUUUAUUUAAAAUAUAAAAUGACUGCCUUAAAAAUGGUUAUUUUGAAACAAAAUUAUAU